AUGGCUUACAAUCAAAACUAUCAAUCCGCACCUCCUCCAGGCUAUCAGCACAAUUACGGACCAUCACUUGGAAAUCCUGGUGGGGCGCCUCCGACUCAAGGAUCCCAAAAUAAUCAAUCUGGACCUGCAGGCCAACCAAACUACCAAAGCGGACCUCCGAACGGAGGGGGUGGUUGGAGCGCACCGCCACCUCCAAAUGGUGAACCACCACUCCCUAAUGGCUGGAGAAAAGAAUGGAAUGCCCAGUACAAUGCCUGGUAUUAUGUCAACACAUUAGUCCAACCACCCCAGUCCCAAUGGACCCCUCCGAACCCGGUCCCACCCCCACCAGGUUCUCAAUACGCUCCCCCUGCUGGCCCACCUCCUUCUGCGGCAGCCCUUCCUCCCACUGAUCAGAAAGUCGCAGACAAAGAUGGCCCGAAUGGCCCACCUGGACCCCCAAUGGGGAGCUACGGGGCAGCUCCAGUCCCUACUUCGAAUGGAAACUGGGGUGCCCCCCCGAACAAUUAUGGUCAACCUCAAGGAACCCCUCAACCGGGUGGCAGUGUUCCGUUUGGUGGGCAGAAUCCCGCAGAGAAGAACGGCCAGAAUGUCUAUUCCGCGCCAACCGGCCAGCCAGCCCCUUUAUCUAAUUGGGGACCUCCUCCCAACAACUACGGGCCGCCAUCGGGCCCCGCUCAAGCAAAUAACUAUGGCCCUCCUCAGAACAACUACGGGGCGCCUCCAGCUAACAACUAUGGCCCUCCCCCCAAUAACUAUCCUCCGCAAAAUGGUUAUGGCGCCCCACCACCGGCUAAUGCUCCACCUCCCGGAAGCUAUGGUCACCCAGGAGAUGUGAAUGCCCCUGCUGGUGGAUACGCCCCUGCGCCUCAACGAGGGCCUUCGGCGAAUCCUAUGGCCAAUGCACCACCAGCACCUGAUGCGAAAAAGAAAGGCAUGCUCGGAGCUGGUCUUGGGGUGUUAGGUGGCUUAGCAUUGGGAGCUUUCGCGAACCACGAAUGGCACCAACAUGAGCGACACGAAGAAGAAAGGCAAGAGGAGGCAUACGAAGCCGGAAUCCACGAUGCCCUCCGAUUUUGA